AUGGAGCCGCACUUUCUCCUGGACCACGACGCGCUGAGGCAGGCUUGGGAUUCCGCAGACCCGGUUCCAGAGCGCCAUCCUCUGCGGUCCCCGAUCUCCCCAGACCAGCUACCUCCUGUCCUCGUGCCGCUGGCACAGUCCUCAAGCCACCACGGCGAUGACCACCAGCCACUGCUCUCCAGUCCUUGUUGGCAGCUGCCCUCGGUGCUCCUGCGAUACCGAGCACUCUUAGCUGAGGCCCAGAGCCCCUGGGAAGAGAGCCCAGUGCAGCCCGGUGCCGGCCUCUUGCCAGGAUUCGUGCCGAUGCCAGGAGUACCCUCAGGAGCGCCUGAGCCCACAGAGCACACGUUCGGGCAGCUUCCCGUGGCCCUGCGGCCCAACGCCCAUGCUGGAGAGGGACCAGUGGACACGGAGGCCUGGGACCACGUGCAGCCUUCAGUGUGCAGCCCAGCUCCGGGCCCCACCGGGUGGCGCCUGCAGCUGCUUUGCUCGGGCUGCCUGCAGUGCAUCCUUCGUGCUCUCUCCUCUUUGAGCCGCUGGGCUGCUGACUGCUGGGCGACAGUCCUGGACAUUUAG